CGGAAGUGGAGGCCGGAGCCUGGGACACCGCCGGGGGGACAGGAACGGAGUCGGCUGGAGCCCCCGCCCCACAGAACGCCGCCGCCCCGGAGCCACGGCCAUGAAGGAGGCCUAGGCCAGUCCUCUCCAGGGCCCAGGAGUUUGCUGAUAAUCUGUGUGCAUUAAAUCUCCUGGAAACCUCAAAGUCUUGACUGCUGAUUGCCGGAAAAUGAAAGUAAAAGCGAGAGGACUCAGGGUCCCCCUGGCACCAGCCCCCGCCCCACGCUCCCAGGGACCACGACAGCCUGCGGCACAGGCCAUGGCAGGUCGGGGAGGCGCAGCUCGCCCCAACGGACCAGCUGUGGGAAACAAGAUCUGCCAGUUCAAGCUGGUCCUGCUGGGGGAAUCAGCGGUGGGCAAGUCCAGCCUCGUGCUCCGCUUCGUCAAGGGCCAGUUCCACGAGUACCAGGAGAGCACCAUCGGAGCGGCCUUCCUCACACAGACGGUCUGCCUGGACGACACGACGGUCAAGUUUGAGAUCUGGGACACGGCCGGCCAGGAGAGGUACCACAGCCUGGCACCCAUGUACUACCGGGGCGCCCAGGCCGCCAUCGUGGUCUACGACAUCACCAACACGGACACUUUCGCGCGGGCCAAGAACUGGGUGAAGGAGCUGCAGCGGCAGGCCAGCCCCAGCAUUGUCAUCGCCCUGGCCGGGAACAAGGCCGACCUGGCCCCCAAGCGGGCCGUGGAGUUUCAGGAAGCACAAGCCUAUGCAGAGGACAACAGCCUCCUGUUCAUGGAGACCUCCGCCAAGACUGCCAUGAACGUUAACGAGAUCUUCAUGGCCAUAGCCAAGAAGCUGCCCAAGAAUGAGCCCCAGAACACGGCAGGUGUGCCAGGCCGGAACCGAGGCGUGGACCUGCAGGAGAGCAACCCAGUCGGCCGGGGCCAGUGCUGCAGCAACUGAGCCCCUGCUGCCCUCUCCCCGACCCUGACCACGACCACCGGAAUCCAUGCUAACCAAUCGCACUUAACGCCGCCACGGGCCAAGGGCCGGGAGGCUCGUGAUUUCCCCGUCUGACUCUGAUCUGGGCUGGGGAGUUGAUCCACCUGCACCUUCUGUACAAAUACUAAUUCAAUUUUAAGUCUUACGUCACUUUUUUAAUAUAUGUGAUCUCUGCUCUUCCCAUCUCCUCUUCUGCUCUGCUGCUGGCCCUUCCAGCAACAGCCCGUGCUCCUGUCCCCACCUCCUCUGUGGGGACAGGUUGGAAGCAGUGACGUCUCCAUGUCCCUCGCCAGAGGGCAGACUCAAGAGCACCCAGGUCCUCACCUUGUGGGCAGUGGCCUCGCCCAGGUGGCUCUCCUCAGCUGCAGCCCCCACUGGCCAGCUCUGAGCGCCAGACCACAGCAUUAGCGCCACAUCCGUGAGACAGCCACACGGCCACGGCCGCCCCCAUCCUGGUCACCCUGACCUCUGUUCUGAGCCCUGUUCUGACCAAAUCACGAUGAUGAGUAUUGGGGGGUAGGGGGUGCAGGGGGACGGAACCAACUUUUUCUGUAUUUUGUAUUGUAUGUUUCUUCAACAUGUAACCAAUCAGUAUAUUGUCAAUAGAGUAAGCCAAUCGAUGGACCUCA